AGCAAAGAAAGGAGAUGGAAAGAUUUAUCCACCAUCAGCGUUCCAAGAGAAAUCCUAAAUUAAAAUGAGAGAUGUGAGAAAUCUAGGAGAAAGGCAAGAUCAGAAGGUGAUCAAGCAUUGAGCCCUGGGAGACUCCUGUUGAGAAGCCGUGAAAAAGAUUUCCAAAUGGUGUCAAUACACCAACUAAUUAAAGAUCCCAGAAGGCUUCUGUGUCUUUCCUCGCCCUCAAAUUCCUUCAGAGCAGCCAAAGUGAAACCUCGUCGAGAUGUUCAGCACAAAAAGGUUGAAGAAGAAAUCCCAGUCAGUGGAUAUUACCGCUCAGGGAUUCUCUGGCUCACUGGUGAAGGAUCCGCAAGCAUCACAGAUAAACAAGCUUGUGACACCUGUUGCCAAGACAACCAUAUCUGCUGAGGAGGAAAACAACGCAACCAACUCCCAGAGGGUCCGGAGCCCGAGACGCAGUGACCUGAAGCGGUACUACACCAUAGACACCGGCCAGAAGAAGACUCUGGAGAAGAAGGAUGGGCGCCGCAUGUCUUUCCAGAGACCCAAAGGGACCGUGGAAUAUUCCGUGGAGUCACGGGACACGCUCAACAGCAUCGCGCUCAAGUUCGACACCACGCCCAACGAGCUGGUCCAGCUGAAUAAGCUGUUCUCCAGAGCGGUGGUCCCCGGACAGGUCCUCUAUGUUCCUGACCCAGAGUACAUCUCCAGUGUGGAGAGCUCACCCUCCCUCAGUCCCAUCAGCCCCUUGUCCCCCACUUCCUCUGAGGCUGACGUAGAGAAGCUGACCACGGAUUCAGAUAGCAUCCCUCGGAGGGAGGUCGCCCCUUCUCCAGCCCACCUCCUCCCCCGCCCCGCUAGAGUUGUGUCAUCCACCUCUGAGGAGGAAGAGGCCUUGACCGAGAAGUUCCUGAAAAUCAACUGCAAAUACAUCACAGAUGGCAAGGGUGCGGUCAGUGGAGUGCUGCUGGUGACGCCCAACAACAUCAUGUUCGACCCCCACAAGGCGGACCCGCUGGUCCAGGCGCGCGGGUGCGAGGAGUACGGCAUCAUGUGCCCGCUGGAGGAGGUCACCUCCGCCGCCAUGUUCAAGGAGGUCACUGACAGCAAGAUCAGGGAGUCCGUUCCCCCAGAUCUGGAGCCUUUGUCUGCGGGUCGUGACCCCUGCCACCUGAAGAGGAUACCGCGGAGCACCACCGACGAGGCAGAGCUGCGGCAGCGGGACACGGGCAACGACAGCACCAGCACUGCCCCCCGCAGCACCGAGGAGUCUCUCUCCGAGGACGUCUUCACCGAGUCCGAGCUCUCCCCCAUCCGGGAGGAGCUGAUCUCCUCCGACGAGCUCCGGCAUGACAAGUCCUCCAACGCCUCCUCCGAGUCCGUGCAGACCAUCAACCAGGUCCCGGAGGGUGGGGCCCAGGAGCAGGGCCAAACCGACCCGGCGACAGACGCUCCCCCAGCGACCGGCCAGCUCCCGUCCGCCGGCAGGGACCAGCUGUUGGCCUGCGAGGGAGAGGGGGCCAAGUCGCGUACCACCUCCGAGUCCCAGGGCUCGGACACGGUGGCAGCCGAAUCCGCUGGCCAGGAAGGGCUCCCGGAGGGCGAGCCAGCGGGCGGGCGGGGCGCAGACACCAUGACGGGCGAGGAGAAUGCAACCAAGCCGGGCCAGAGUCAGACUAUGCAACAUGGCACAGAACUAGAGGAGGACGGGCGGACCACAGACCAGGGCUUGCCUGCCAAGCCAGUGGGGGACCCUGAGGGACAGGAGCCUGUGAGAGGGCCACCGGCACUCAAGGAGAAGCGGAGGUACCGGUCGCACAAAUUCCUGUGCCUGCGGGUGGGCAAGCCCAUGAGGAAGACCUUUGUGUCCCACGCCAGUGCCUCCAUGCAGCAGUACGCCCAGAGGGACCGGAAGCACGAGUACUGGUUCGCCAUCCCGCAGGAGAGGUCAGACCACCUGUACAUGUUCUUCAUUCAGUGGAGCCCCGAUAUGUUUGGAGAAGGAAUGGGAGGUCUAGGCCGGGAGCCCGGAUUCACUGUGGUCAAGAAGAAUGAGGAGUCGGAGAAAGGGGAGGAGGACCUGCCAAUCACGGACAUCACAGCCAAGGAGUGGGAGGUAGUGUCAGUGUCUGAGUAUCAGCGGCGGGUCGAUGCGCUAAACAGCGAAGACCUGCGCUCUCUCUGCAGACGUCUCCAGAUCAGCACCAAGGAGGAGGUGGGCUCCAGCCUCGGGCCCGCCGUGAGGACAGAGCCGGAGCCGGAGACACUGCGGCCCAACCUCAGCGAGCCCAGCGACCUCCUCCAGCCGGAGCAGAUAGAGAAGCUGGCCAAAAACCUCCCGCCCAGAACCGUGGGAUACCCCUGGACUCUGGCAUUCAGCACGUAUAAGCACGGCAUGAGCCUGAAGACCCUGUACCGAGCCAUGCAAGACCAGGACUCGCCCAUGCUCUUAGUGGUCAGAGACGGUGACGGACAGUUGUUUGGGGCCUUGGCGUCUGAGCCUUUUAAAGUCAGCGAUGGAUUUUACGGCACAGGAGAGACCUUCCUCUUCACCUUCUGCCCAGAGUUUGAGGUGUUCAAGUGGACAGGUGACAAUAUGUUUUUCAUCAAGGGAGACAUGGACUCAUUAGCGUUUGGUGGUGGGGGGGGUGAAUUUGGUCUCUGGCUGGACGGAGACCUGUACCAUGGCAGGAGCCACUCGUGCAAAACGUUCAACAAUUCGAUUCUGUCCAAAAAGGAGGACUUCACAGUGCAGGACAUUGAGAUCUGGUCGUUCGAAUAGUGCCCUCCUGCGAAGAGAGCAGAGACUUCUCAUUGGUUCCCAGGAAGCCUGUUACAAAGGCGUAGCGCCAUUACCCCGCCCGCCUGUCUGUUACCACGGCGCCCAAUGCAGAGCUUGUGUGUGUGAAACGGCUGACUGUCUGUUACCACGGCGCCCAAUGCAGAGCUUGUGUGUGUGAAACGACUGACUGUCUGUUACCACUGCGCCCAAUGCAGAGCUUGUGUGUGUGAAACGGCUGACUGUCUGUUACCACUGCGUCCAAUGCAGAGCUUGUGUGUGUGUGAAGCGGCUGACUGUCUGUUACCACUGCGCCCAAUGCAGAGCUUGUGUGUGUGUGUGAAACGACUGUCUGUGUGUGUUAGUAAAGUUGUGUGCAGCUUGCGCAAGGAAGUGAGGAGAGCAGAAACCUUGGAGAAGAGCAGGCACGUUGAAAUUCACUCUAGAUGUAAUCAGAAGUAGUCAGAAAAGAUCUGCAGUGCCCCCCAUAGGUACUGCACUGUGAUCUGAACGUAACUCUGAUGGGAUUUAACGUUGAUACAAAAAGCACACGCUCAUUCUACCACAGAGGAAGAGUUUUUUUUAUUUUUUAUUAAUUUUUUUUUUUUUUUAAUAAAAGGAAACGAAAGCGAACGAACGCGAGGAGGUUGCACAAUGCGACUGGAUCACUACAGGAUACCGACAGGAAGCACUCUUGGCAGCGCAUUUGACGAAAGAGCCAGGGUUACACAGGGACAGCUCCCUCCGACGCAGCGCAUAACGUUUGUAUUAUAGACCCCGUCGUUCUCCAUCAGCGUAUCGUCGUAUGUCUUUAAAGCACAAUGGCUAUAAACGGAGUGCCCCUAACCGUGAUGUUCUGUUCACUGGGUGUACGUGUGAGUCGAGCUUAACGCUGGCCUCGCCGGGGUCAGAAGCUCCGUGUUAUUCUUUGUAGGCAGUAACGUGUUGCAAUAGAUUUGUCCAGUAAUAUGCAAAUUAUUUUCACGUGACCUCACACGCGGGCCGCCUGUAGCCCGCGAAGUGAACCGCAAAAAGCUUUUCCCUGGGUAUAUUGGAAAAGCUGAAUAUGUCAGUCAAUGUUUUACAUGAAUUAUAUAUUUAUAUAUACGAUAUAGUACAAAUUAUAAUGAAUUAUAUAUUUGGCUGUUGUGUGACAGUGAUUUUUUUUUCGUGCUGAUAUUUCAGCUAUUACAAAUACAUAAUGUAUAUUAUUCUGUAAAUGGUUUAAAUAGAUUGUUCUUCUAUAAAUAUAAACAUAUAUAAAUUAUGAAGUGCGGAUUGGCGGGUUGCUGCUGAUAGCACUUUAAUCUAGCUAGUGUGAAAUAAGGCCGGGGUUCAUUUUCAUCGGCUGUGUGCAGGUAGAUUGUGGCCCAGUCAUAGCGCCCUUCAUGCAAGAUGUAUUUAGGCUAUAACUAGGUUAUGAAUGACAUGCAGCGCUAAGCUGAUGCAGUUGGGCCCGGCCUGUUUAGCUCAGUGGUAGCUGUUCAGCGGUCCGUUUAGAUCCCGUUAAAGAUGUUGAUUGUUUGUAGUACAUUUGCUGCUGCUGCCGGAGUUUAAAAAGGGCAAAUGUAAGGCUGUGUAUUACGACGGGGGGGAAGGGCACAGGCCGUUUCCUCCGCGUCGUCUGUUCGGCGGCGUGACUUCGCGAGAGCGGCGGAGGACGCGAAGCCGUAAACGCUUUGUCCGAGGAGCUGGGCCUUGCCCCGGUCUUCCGAGGCAGGGCUCUGCUCGAGUCGCUAACAGCAGGAAGACGCCAGAUUACAGCGUAACUGUGAUGUGUAAAUAACAAUAAAAUGAAUGUCAUUACAACA